AUGCAUAAGAGUGCUCCAUUGCCUAAAGUUGCAGCGGCAAGAAGAGGGUGCGCCAGAGUGCUCCGUCGCCUGAAGAUGCAAUGGCAAGAUGAGGGUGUGCCAUCGACUGAAAAAGCAGAGGAAGUAAGUUAUGAGGAAGAAUGGAAGAAAGAAGGUCCCCCUCGUCGCGCCAAAUGGUGGUACUCAACUUUCCACACUGUCACAGGCAUUGUUGGUGCAGGUGUUCUUAGCUUGCCUUAUGCCAUGGCCUACUUAGGAUGGGGACCAGGAACAAUAGUACUAAUAUUAUCAUGGUGCAUCACCUUAUACACAAUAUGGCAGAUGAUACAACUACAUGAAUGUGUUCCGGGAACUCGAUUCGAUCGAUACUAUGAACUCAGUCGACAUGCUUUCGGUCCUAAACUUGGUCCAUGGAUUGUUCUUCCACAGCAACUCAUAGUUCAAGUAGGGUGUGACAUUGUGUAUAUGGUCACUGGGGGAAGAUGCUUAAAGAAGUUCAUGGAGAUUGCUUGCACUAAUUGUACUAGAAUUAGACAAUCUUACUGGAUUUGCGUCUUUGGUUCCAUCCAUUUCCUAUUAUCUCAACUCCCUAAUUUUAAUUCCGUCGCCGGAGUUUCCUUAGCCGCCGCCGUCAUGUCACUGAGUUAUUCUACAAUAUCUUGGGUUGGUUGUUUAAUGAGAAAACCAAUAGAGAAUGUGAGCUAUGGAUACAAGAAAACCAAUCCUGUAGAUUAUAUGUUUCGUGUGUUUAAUGCACUGGGACAGAUCGCAUUUGCAUUUGCAGGUCAUGCUAUUGUUCUUGAGAUUCAAGCAACAAUUCCUUCAACACCUGAGAAACCAUCAAAGAUUCCAAUGUGGAGGGGUGCAGUUUUGGCUUAUUUUAUUACAGCAAUUUGCUAUUUCCCUACAGCUCUUAUUGGUUAUUAUACUUUUGGAAGAGAUGUUGAAGAUAAUCUACUAAUUGCACUUAGGCAGCCAGAGUGGCUAAUUGCUUCUGCUAAUUUCAUGGUGGUCAUUCAUGUUAUCGGUAGUUACCAGGUUUGA